AGGAACGUGCCUUCUCGUAUAGCAUCCCAUUCAGUAGGGAUCGGGACGGCACCGGAUCGAGACUUCAUUCAAACAGAGCGACAGAGUUUUUUAUGUUACUGUGCGAGCGAGUCUACUGGGAAGAGCACAUCAACCAUAGAGAGAACGAUCGUAUCAAAUAAUGGCGGAUAGACAACAGGGAAAUCGCGGAGGACGCGGUGGUGGUCGAGGCCGCGGAGGCGGUGGCCGAGGUGGUGGAGGAGGUUUUAAUCAGCGAGGUGGAGGAGGUGGUGGCGGCGGUGGUUACAACCAAGGUCGCGGAGGCUCAUCAUCCGGUCAAGGCUGGCCGUCCUUGGGGCAACAACAGCCCCAACAACAGUCCCAAGGUUGGAGACAGCAACCGAGAGAACCCCAGCAGCAAAGCCAGGGUUGGGGACAGCAAAGACCGACAGAUCAGCCAGCGCCUGUCCAUCAAUAUCAACCGCAACAGCAACCGCAACCACAGCAACAACCCCAACAACAACAACCUCAACAACAGCCACGGCAGCAAGAUGAAUCCGCAGGGGCUGUACAACGUACAGGAGCAGUCCAGCGUCCUCAGCGCGGUGCUACUGGAAGUGGUGAACCACUUGGUCGUGGAGGCGUACGCAAUCAGCGUGUACUGCAGGACAUUGUCCGAUCGCGGCCACUGGACAGCACCGUUUCGAAACAAGGCAAGACCGGAACGCCCAUCAUGCUGAAAACGAAUUACUUCCGAGUUCAACGGAGGGACGAUGAAGCCAUUUUCCAGUAUCGCGUUGAUUUUAAUCCUUCGGUCGAAAGUAACAAACUUAUGCAUUCAAUCAUGCACAAUCUGAAGGGUACCAUUGGUGGGUACAUUUUUGAAGGUACUCAGCUGUUCACCAGACAUAAGUUGCGAUCAGAUGAAGUUGAAAUAACGACCAAAGAGUCUACAACUGGAAAGGAUUACAUUGUAAAGCUGCGGAAGGUCGGCGUAAUCGAUGGAACGAACGAGAUGGCGUUCGUAAUUUUCAAUCUGAUCAACAGGAAAGCCAUGGGUGGUCUGAAGUUGCAGUUGAUCGGGCGCAACUAUUUUGACCCUGUGGCCAAGGUCGCAAUCAGCCAAUACGGUAUUGAGUUGUACCCGGGAUACGUAACGAGCAUUCGCCAACACGAACAGGAUGUAUUGAUGUGCGCUGAGAUAACUCAUCGUGUCAUGCGUACGGACACGUGCUACACGAUGUUUAAGCAGUGUGCCAACCAGGGCGGAAACUGGAGGGACAACUACAAGCGCAUGAUCCUGGGAACGGUCGUAAUGGCCACCUACGGCAAGAACAAUACCUACACGAUCGCCGAUGUUGAGUUCAACACAAGUCCCGAGAGUGCAUUCGACGCAAAUGGUGUGAAGAUUACGUUCUUGCAGUAUUUUAAGGAUCGGUACAAUAUCACCAUCCGUGAUCCUCGCCAGCCUAUGCUGGUGUCUCGCGCCAAGCAGAGAGACAUCCGUGCCGGAAAGACGGAACUUAUUUAUCUUGUUCCGGAGCUUGUUCGCGCUACUGGCCUAACCGACGAAAUGCGAAAGAACUUCAACUUGAUGCGCACGCUGGCUGAUUAUACGCGGUUGACGCCGGAUAAGCGUAUCCAGCGCUUGGAGAAUUUCAAUCAACGUUUGCAGCAGUCAAAGGAAAGCUCGGAGAUCUUCCAAUUCUGGAAAACCGAGCUGGAUCGACGUCUGGUAGAGGUUCCAGCCAGAGUUCUUAAACCGGAAGAGAUCUUCUUCCACCCGCAGCAGGAAAAUUACAAAGUGACAGCCGGCGACAUGGCGGAUUGGCAGAUGGCAUUCCGGAACAAUCCAAUGUACCUCUCCGUUCCACUGGUCAACUGGUACGUUAUCGUACCGGCCGGAUCGGAGAAGCUCAUGGUUGAUUUCAUGCAAUGUCUGAAGCAGGCAUCCAGGGGUAUGCGCUUCCAAGUGGAGGACCCCAACCGUGUAACCAUCCAGAACGACUCCCCGGCGGUGUACGUGGAGAGUCUGAACCAAGUCGUCCAACGUGAUCCUCAGUUGAUCAUGUGCUUGGUGAGCAACGAUAAGGCUGAUCGCUACGCUGCCAUCAAGAAGAAGAGCUGCGUGGAUAGAGCGGUGCCGACGCAAGUCAUCAAGGCCAGAACCAUAACGCCCAAGGGUGGAAAUGUGCGAACAUUGAUGUCGGUGGCCACGAAGGUUGCCAUCCAGCUGAACUGCAAACUGGGCGGAAUACCCUGGGUACUGAGGAACCCUCUGUCGUCAGUGAUGGUAAUCGGGUUCGACGUGUGCCACGAUACACGCGACAAGUCCAAGUCGUUCGGAGCGAUGGUUGCGUCAAUGUAUGGCGGCGGUUGCAAACAUCCGAAGUACUUUUCGACCGUUAAUCACCAUUCGAGUGGAGAGGAACUCUCGAAUUUCAUGGCCCAGAACGUAAUCAAAGCUUUGCAUUCAUAUCGGAGUGAUUUCGGCAAUACAUUUCCCCAGCGCAUCAUCGUCUACCGGGAUGGCGUUGGCGAAGGUCAACUACAGUACGUGUACCAGCACGAAGUCUCAGCCAUGAAGGAGAAAUUGAAUGUUGCCUUCAAGGACCAGCCGAACUCGUCUCGGUUGACGUUCUGCGUGGUAAGCAAGCGAAUCAAUACGCGCCUGUUCCAAGGUGGACAGAACCCGCUGCCUGGAACAAUCGUUGACGAUAUCAUCACGCUGCCCGAGAGAAACGACUUCUUCCUGGUUUCCCAAAGCGUGCGCCAGGGAACCGUCUCGCCGACCAGCUACAACAUUCUACGGGACGAGUCCGGUUUGAACGCGGAUCAGCUUCAGCUGUACACCUACAAGCAGACCCAUCUCUACUACAACUGGUCUGGCACCGUGGGAGUUCCGGCCGUCUGCCAGUAUGCCCACAAGUUGGCCUUCCUGGCCGGACAACACCUGCACCAGUCGCCGACCACUUUGCUCGAGAAGAAGUUAUACUAUUUGUAAAAGAUGUGGAGAUUUUUUUUUUUUGAUAAGAGACAAAUACAAACAAAAUCGUAUUGUAAGAGACUAAAGUGCUGAAUGGAAUUGACGGAUUCCUUCCGCGUUUGGUAUUUGAGAAUUUAUCUUUUCUUAUUAAGUGUACACAUUCGAGAAAUUCGGUUGCUGUUUCAUUAGAGAACCAGUUAAGGACGACUUUAUGAGAUCUCCGUAGACGCUUUUAACUCAUAAUAAAAACAAUGCUGCUUCUUCAAAGUCGGGUCUGCAUAAAACUUCCUCUGGAUAAACAUUUCGACGAAUUUAACCUUAUACUGAUGUAUAACAAUGUGACACUGCGACAAAAAAAAUUAUCGAAAAAAAUCAGUAUCGCAAUUGUUUCUAAGAUUCCCGAGAAAUACCAAUUUUUUUGAGACUUUUCACUCAAAAUUUAUAUGGUGAAAUUGCCCUCGAUAGAACAUUUCGCUCUUAGCACCAAAUGAAAGAAUGGACCCUUAGUUUUCAUUUGGUGGGUGAUUUCUUACUCUUCGUCUUCUUUACGGAUCGACGUUUGCAUUGGAACUGGGCCUGUCAACUUCGUGUUUUUGAGCACUUCCACAGUUAUUAAUUGAAGGGCAUUCUUUGCCUGCCGUUGCAUGAAUUUAUGCAUUGUGUGGCAAGUCAUUGAUACACAAUGCCCAGGGAAUCAAGACUGGAACGGGAAUCGAACCCGCCGUCUCCGGAUUGGCAAUCCAUAGCCUUAACCACUAGGCUAACUGGAGACCCCGGGUGGGUAAGUGACUUAGCGAUACUGAUUUUUUUCUAAUAAUAUUGAGUUAGCAGCCCAACAAAUGUUAAAUAUUGUACGUCACUCCAUUUGGCAUGCCAACAUAACUGAUACAAGUAAAGCUAUUUCAUUCUAUAAACAUUUUUUUAUGCGUAAUAAAACAAUAAGCAAAGGUUUAUUUCCAUGCUUUAAUCCGAAUCACUUGGAACAUUUUCUGAGAUCCAUUGGUUAACGCGCAUCUAUCAUUGUGCUAGGGGUGCCUGAUUUUGAAUUGUACCUCGCUAAAGUUUGAACUCCAAUCUGGAUAUCCCAAGGUAUAACAUAUCUGGCAAACAAAAUACGAUUGAUAAGACGGUUAGUUAGUAAAUGAAACAAGUUUAGCAAUUUAUUAAACCAAGUAGAAGUGUAUAGGACCCAUAUAACCGAAGCGACAAACUGUCGUGCUACGCUUAAUUGUCCUAUGUUAUAUAGGAUCCCCAAUAAACAUGGGACAGUUAUGCGUCGGGCGGCAGCAAAGGCGCAGGCAUGUUGAGAGUGACGGGUUCCAUUCUCGGUUGGUUGAGAAUUUUUUCGUAAUUGAAACAUUCUCAUCUUUCUUGGGCGUAGAUUAUUAUUAUCGUACCUGCCAUACGAUGCCUGGAUAGAAAAGGGUCAACUGCCAAAGAAGCAUUCAUUUGAUAAUUGUGGAAGUGCUCAUAGAACACUAAAGCAGAGAAACAGGCGAUGUCCCAGCUGGGACGUAACGUUCCCCAAAACAGAAUGGAAUACUUUGCCUAAAACGCAGCAUGUGUCCCAGUUGAAAUGUUAUACCAGACGUAGAUGGAAAUUAUGAGAAAAACAAAAAAAAAUGGACCAUUCAGGACUAACGCUUGUUCAAGCUCAUUAUGGCACAUGCAUGGCCAAAUUUCCCAUUUGUUUAUGUUCUAGGUACUAUGCUAGAAACAGAAGAACAAAAAUUUAAGUUUUUAUUUCAUUGAAAUGUGUCAACAUUAAUAGCUGUAGAAACGUUUACUUGUAAAGUUUUCAAAAAAUCAAUAAAAAUAAUUACCGUACGAAA